GUUUCAUAACCACUGGGCUUUGCCACUGGUGCUGACCUGCUCUGGCUGGGUUAUUUCUCCUGCUGACAGCAGGAACAGGAGAUGCUCAGGGCUGGGAUUGGUACUGACAGAGAGAAGUCUGCACCACGGAAUCACCACAGUGACACUGCCUCAAAGUGCUCUCAGGGAUCAGGACACAGGCACUGAUCCACUUUUUCCUGACAGUGGCAUCUAUUUCACUUGGAAUUCUGGGCUCGUGGAACCUGCAAGGACCUUCCUCUUUUAAAACUGGUUGUUUGGCAUAUUUUACAGCAGAUUUCAUCUAGACAGAAUUGCUGAAAUGGCUUAAGUAGCCAAAGAUGAGUCGUGGAUUCUCAGAAAACAAUAACUUCCCCUAUGACAACAACCAAAUGGUUUUGGAUAUGAUCCUGUGUUCCCUAAUUGGUGUUCCUCAGCCUAUCAACUGGGACAGUGUGGCAAGGCUGGUGCCAGGAUACUCAUCCAAAGAAUGUGCAAAAAGGUUUGAUGAGCUAAAAAGCAGUGGAAGUUCACCUGUUGACAACCAAUAUAAUCCCCUGAUGGCUGCUGGUGGGAGUCCUGUGGAAACUUUAGCUACGUACAUCAAAUCCUCCUUGCUCGAUUCCCAGACAGAGUUUCAGGAGCCUGCUAUUGGGCAGGAUUCCAUUACUAUAACUGGAAGGCCCAGUGCAGCCUCCACAAGGAGUUGUUCUUCAGAAUCUGAGAAAGGUCCUGUCCAUGACACUGGGGAAAGCACUGAUGAAACCCAGGGGCCCAAUAUGGUGAUCCAUGUGUGUGAUGAAGCCAAAAACCUCAAAGAAGAUUUUGUGUGUCCUCGAGACCUUUUGAUUUCAGAGAUGAAAUACUUUGCUGAGUACCUGUCAGUGGAUGCCCAGCGCUGGGAGGAGGUGGAUAUUUCUGUGCACUGUGAUGUUCACAUCUUUGACUGGCUGAUAAGAUAUGUCAAAAGGAACUCCAAGGAGUCUGAGGCUGAUGAAAUGCCCACUUUAGAACCAUCAAAUGUCAUCUCAAUCCUUAUUUCUUCUGAGUUUUUGAAGAUGGAUUCAUUAGUAGAGAAAUGUAUUCAUUAUUGCCACAAAAAUAUGAAUGCUAUUGUAGCCACGCCGUGUAACAUGAACUGUAUCAACGCUAAUCUUGUUACACACAUUGCUGAUCUCUUCAGGCACAAUGAGGUGGAAGAGCUGAAGGACAAAAGAGACAAAUUUAAGAGUAAACUUUUCUGCAAGAAGAUUGAGAGACUGUUUGAUCCUGAGUAUGUAAAUCCAGAUUCUAGAGGAAAUGCAGCAACUUUAUACAGGUGUUGUUUAUGUAAAAAGUUGCUAACCAAAGAAACUGAAAGGAGAAUUCCUUGUGUACCAGGAAAAAUCAACAUUGACCAACAUGGGAAUAUUGUCUAUGUUCAUAUAAGAGACAAAACCUGGGAAGUGCAUGAGUAUUUAAUUGGCCUUCAUGAGGAACUGAAGUCCUGGCGGGAUGUUUACUGGCGUCUUUGGGGGACAGUCAACUGGUUGACCUGCUCAAGAUGUAACCAGUCUUUCCUGUGCACUGAAUUCUCCCACUGCCAGUACCAUUCGCAGCCAGUUCUUUAUCCAGGUGUAGCAAGUGCUCUGGGCUCCACUGGCACAGGAGUGUAUCCCUGCUGUAACCAAAAAGUUCUUCGGUUUGACCCCACAACCCUCCCAAAGGGCUGCAAAGUGAGGGAUCAUAUGGUGGAGUUACCUCCAGAAAGCAAAGAUGGGGACGCUCUGCCAUCUCAAAGUGAAGAGGGGGAUGCUCUGCUAUCUCAAACUGCUCAGAUCUUGAAUGAUCUGCUGCAUCACAGAGACGUUAUAGUUGUUCCUUUCACUAAGGAUGAGAAUAGUGAUUCUGGUAUUGGGCUUGGUGAUGACAAAGGCCUUGAAUGUGAUGUGCUUGUAGAACCAAAUACACCAUGGGGCCCCAAAACUGGAGAGAUCAAUGCUUUUUUGUCUUUGAAGAACUGGACUUUGCAGCUGAAGCAGCAAUCGCUGUUAUCUGAAGAGGAGGAGUACACUACAGGCUCAGAGGUCACUGAGGAUGAAGUGGGGGAUGAAGAAGAAGUGUGCAAGAAACCAGCAGGGAGAAAGGAGAAAUUAAAGAAAUCCUACAGGCACCCAAAGAAAGCAGUUUCUUCACCUAGUGUUCAGAAAAGGGAGAAGCCAUCUGAUAAGUCAAGUUCCCGAGAUGCUUCUCCUUUCAUUGUGAGCAUGCAGCAGAACAAAUGGGAUGCCUCCAGGUCCCUGAGAUACAACCAAGAUGCUCAAAGAGAAGAUGAUCAGAGAAGAAUGUCUGAGAUCACAGGGCACUUAAUAAAAAUGAGACUGGGAGACCUGGAUCGAGUCAAGUCCAAAGACAGCAAAGAAUAUGCAGGAGGCAUUUAUUCUAGACUUGAAGCUCAGAUAAAAGCCUCAGCACAGGUCAGUGCACGACAAAGCAAUGCUGAGAAGAAUCCCAGGUCAAAAGCCCGUUUUGGCCAAGGCCGUCCCACGUAAGGAGCCGUGGACACACUUUAGCCAGAAUUCAUUUCUGCUUCCUGAAAUUGCACUGCACUCUGACAUAUGGACAAUGCACAUCUCUGAAAGCUUUCCAGUGACUUAUUUAUUACUUUAAGCCUUGUAAAUUAUUUUGUGCUAUAAAUGAAUGCAAACCCAUUAAGGUCUGUACUUAUUUUAAUUGUAAAUAUACUAUUUGUUAAAGUUAAA